AAAAAGCACUUUUUUUGAAGACACGUAAUUUGCUCGAAUUUAUUAACGUGAGUGUGAGCAAUCGUGGUUCGUAAAUAAAGAUAGUGAUAAAAUCGGUAAAAUCAGUUACAAACAAGUCGAAAGAACGAAGAAGUCGGAAAAUCUUCUUGAGAUGAUUAUCAAUUGGUUUAUAGUUUCUUGUCUUUUUGCGUCGGUAUCCCGUUAUCGUCGUAUAAUAUAUUAGUUAGACUUGUUUCUUACCGAAUUUCUUUAAGUCAACAUUUUUUUAAAACUCAAAAAUAAUGGCCGAAAAGCAAUCAAGCAAGCAGGAUGGAGCAGAUUUCAAUAUUUUCUCAGCAGUCGGACUUCCUGUAACAGAGAGAGAUCUUGCUAAGCCAAGCAAGGAUUUCGUGAUUAUUCUUAUAGCAGUGUUUUUUAAUAAAUUUCACAUCGAUGGAAAUAUAAUUAAACAGCCACUAGAAAAACAGAUUAAAACCUUAAAUUAUCAAGAUAUAGAACUUUACGAAGAAGUGAUAAAAAUAACGAAUAUGCACGUUGCUAUGUCUGGAAUCUACGAAAAAAUAUAUGUGAAAGAUUUCCAAUUCAUCGACAUUACAAGUCCAAGUCCAAAAAAAACUAUGAAAAUGCUCAACUUGCUGGCUAAUUUUGUUUUGUAUUAUAAUAAUAAAUUACCGGAAAUUGAAUACAAUUUAAAUAAUAUAAUAGAUCGACGAGAAGCAACAGAUAAAGCAAUUCAAGAAAAGAAUGCCGCUUUAGAUGCAUUGGUUAGAAGUAAAUCUUACCGAGAAAAUCAAUCGGAUUACAAUGAAAAGUUGCGAAAGAAAAUAGAAGCUGCACGAAAAAGAACAGAGAAACUGACAGCCAAAAUGGAUGAAAAAAGGAAAGAAGUGAGACUCAUUGAAAAGGAGAAACAGAUACUUGUUCAAGUUUAUGGAGAUAAGAAAUCAGAAGCUUUGGAGGUAACUCGCCAUACUGCUGAAGUACAAGCUCAAGUGGUGGAAUCGCCAGAAGGGCUAAUCGUACAAUUACAAGAACUCGAGAAACAAAAAGAAUUUAAAAUAGCCGAGAGUGAACUAAAAUAUGAUUCAAUUAAAGAAAAGAAAAAGCUUAUUGAACUUAAAGAAGAUAUUCAGGCAUUCGUUCAAAAGGCGAGAGAAGAAAUGACUAAACUAAAAGAAUUACAGCAUGAAAAAAGGAACUUGGCAAGGCAAUUAGAAAAUCUUAAUAAAGAGCAAGAGGAUAUUCGAAAUACUAUUCAUGAGUUAAAGAAGGAACGAGAAAUUCAAAAAAAUCACUCUAGUGACUUAGAAAUCGACGAACUGAACCUUGAAAUAGAAAAACGCCUUUCGCCUAUGCGCAAUAAAUAUGUGCAGUUGUUCCAAGAAAGACAAGAAUUAGACGUACAAUUCAAAGAAGAUCUAGAAAAACAACGUGGAGUAGACUCGCAGAUAAAUUGUGUAUACACAAGUAUAAAGGUGUUAGAAAAAGAAACAUCCAUUUUCCUAAAACAAUGCCAGGAGCUUUUCAACGAUGAAAUGUCAAAAGACCUGGAAACCAAACUAAUCUUUGAAAGCCUAUUUAAAGAAGAAUUGGAGGACUGAUCAAAAAAAUUCUUGAAAUGUCUGAUAUCUGAAAAUAUGUUCGAUCGUCAGAAUAUAUAGUGUAAAAUUAAAUAAGAAUGUGAUUUUCAUAUUAAAAUAAGUUUUUACCAUUUAAGAGAUGCAUACCCUUUUGCGUAACUUCCUUUCCCUGGAUUUAUGUUUCCUAGGUCUGAGAAGAAUCUUUUGCAAUCUUAUGUUAUUGUUACAAAAAAUCCUACUCAGUUAAAAAAAUUUCGGUUUAUAAUUUCAACAAUUAAAGAAAUAAACACACAUCAUAAAAGGA